AUAUUUGAUCAAAAUUGCUGCUACAUCAUGGCAGCCCCCGUAGCUGCUUCUGCGAAAGCAGUUUCGUCUCUUUUAUGUGGGUAUUCUACUAUUAAUCUGUCACGGCACAUUGCCACUAGUCCUUCGUCAUUCGCUCUACGUAAGCUAUUUGACUUCUCUAAGGUUGACUCGAAGAAAGAGCAAGCAUCCGCUGUGUUGGCUGAUAAGGAACAUGUGUUUGAAUUGCAAUACCAUCUCACACGGCCUGAGCGGAUAGAGGAAUAUAUGGGAUUUCAUCAGAAGUUUGUGGAAACUGUGAAAGAGAGGAAUGACUUAAAUUGUGAACUACUGGGUAGCUGGUCAACCAUGGUCGGAGAUGAGGAUGAAUUUGUGCAUCUCUGGGUACACAAUCAUGGCUUUGAAGGGGUCAGCCAGGCGCAAGCGAUCAUCAGAAGUGACGCGGUUUAUGUUGAACAAACCAAGACUUUGCGAAAGUUGCUGAGGAGCAGGAGCAAUCAGCUGCUCCUGGAGUUUACCUUCUGGCCCAAGCCUGAACCGCGUCCACCUAAGCAUAUCUACGAACUAAGGAGCUACAUGUUGAAGGCAGGAACGAUGAUCGAAUGGGCCCACAGCUGGUCCCGGGGCCUCGAGAGUAGGCAGGCCAACAACGAACCAGUCGCUGGAUUCUUCACCAAUAUUGGAGUUAUCCACAAUGUGCAUCAUCUGUGGGCUUAUGACGACCUUCAGUCUAGGAAAGAGACGCGUGAGGCAGCUUGGCAGAAACCAGGAUGGGACAAGUGUGUACAGUACACUGUGCCUCUCAUGAAGCAAGUGCAGUCUAGGAUCCUUCUUCCUACACCAUACUCACCCCUUCAAUAGGUGGCUUCAUCUAGGAAGGCUAUCUGUAGGAGAACAGUGGGGCAGGUGAUUGUUAAGUUAUUACCCACAACGGAAAUCCAGCUGCAGUGUUGCUCGACAGUUUAUAGGAAACGACAGUGCACGUAACGAGAUGUAUGUGUGUGGGUUGCAGGUCGCUACGCUCUGUGGUUUCCAUAUUCUUACACAAUACUAGUGUGCCAAUAUUAGGAGUAAGAUCAUAUGGAUAUAACAAUGAUAAUCCAUUCAUUAUUGUUCUCCUGAUAAUAUCAAUGUUGUGCUGGCUGUCAACAUUAGCAUUUCCACAGCAGCAUUUUCAAUCUGGAUGUAGCACCGAAUUCUAUUUCUGGAUGCUGUCACAAAUGAACAAGCAGUAGUUUUGUAGUCUGUCAGUGAACUUAUCUCGGGUGUACUGUGGAGGUUCUUCCAAGAGUAUAUUCUUAUAUAGUUUAAAGCAUUUAAGUAAUUUGUAAAGUGACAUGUUAGUUGCUCCUAAUUUACUUGUCUGCCUGAGCGAGGCGACCAUGCCCAUCUUUGCUAUUAUUGCGAAGUCGGUGAAGCUCACCUGGUUUCUACACAGCUUCACAUGUAUGCAGACUGCAAUGCUUCGUUGAUAAGCACUGUUGUUAGAAUGCUCUAUGCUAAUGCUAAUUUACUAGAGCUGCCUGUCAAUCAUGCCAGGUAGGCAAGUCAAUCAUGCCAGAUAGGCAAGUCAGUCAUGCCAGGCAGUCAAGUCAAUCAUGCCAAAUAGGCAAGUCAAUCAUGCUAGGUAGAUAAGUCAAUCUAUGGCAAUUCCCAUAUUGGUGAAGUAAGUCUGUGACUUUUCUCAUUCCCACAGGAAGCACACGGGGUGUGUGUGGUUACCGACAUGUAAAUUACGAAGGUACGGCAUUACCCAUGCGAGAAUCGUGCGCAGACAGGCGACCAGCACUUCGUUUUUAUUGCUAGCAUCUACUGGUUUGCUCUUAUCUUAUUAGCAACCUUUGCAUUGUAUUCUCUCUCAAUUAUUUCAGUUUUGGACAGUUGUGCAUUAUAUCAGGAGUACAUGCUGGUGCUUGUGCUGCGUGGAAUAGGUACAUUACAGUAUUAUAAACUCAUGUAUAUAUAUAUAUAUAUAUAUAUAUAUAUAUAUAUAUAUAUAUAUAUAUAUAUAUAUAUAUAUAUAUAUAUUAAGAGUUAAUAAUAGACAUUGAUAAAAGGACAUAGAUAGGUUCAUGGGAGUACAGAUAGUAACCCCCCCCCCCUCAGCCAUGUUGCUUAUAUUAGACAGUAAUAACAGCAGAUGGAAUAAAUGUUUGAUUGCUGUAAUGAGUCGUGUCUGUACUAUCGUAGCACUGCAUCAAUCGUGGUUGACCAUGGAGUACAGUGUACAGGGUCGCUGUUAUCUUCACACAAAUCGGCGAAGUGCCACGCACUGAACAUGCCAGUGACCGCCGAGCGUCGAUGCAUCAGUCAUAGAAAUCUCGUCCCUUGUACAGGAGACUGUUUACAGUACAGGCAGCAAUGCACUCCUGUGUGUCCAACGCCAGGUGGCGCCAUACCCGUGUAUCCCGAAAUAUAGGUGGCGUGGCAGCAGCACCACACCCAUGUAACUCUCGAAAUAGGUGACCGAUAUAAUGCCAUGCAUGUGUGAAACUGCAACGUUAGCUGACGUGAGAGAUGAAGCGGUAUAUAUAGCAUCUAUUCUGGAGUCUGAACAAUCAUGUAUCUUCAUCUGAAAGGGGAUUGUGAUGUUUACCUUACUCCAGUCUCUUACAGCAGUCUACUGUGUCCAUCUUGUGUCUAUCUCGCCAUAUUAAAUUAUUACAAUCAUUGUUCUGUGCAUUUGAAUUAGUCUGUGCCUACAUGAUCGGCUAUCGACUGGCUGGGAAUCUCAGUAUGUGAAGUCGUUGUCAAGGGCAGGUUGACCAAAAUUGCAGAAACAGCUUGUUCUUGUAUUAUGUGUUACCGAUAGCAUUGUUAUUAAAGUUUCAUGGUUUGAAAAUA